UCCUGGGCACUGGUCAUUCCGCCAUGUCCCUCCGUGUCCUCCUGGCAGUGGUGGUUGCUGUUCUCUAUCUGUCCCCGGUAAUGUUAUCUGGGGACAGGACAGAGGGGACUCCCGGUCCAUCUUACGUGGCCGCAGUCUACGAGCACAAGGUGAUUCUGAACCCAGAGCCGCAUGUGCCUCUGUCUCGGGCCGCGGCGCUCGAGCACAUGAUGAGGAACCUGAAGGUCUAUGAGGAGCAGGCCGCACGGGCAGCGGAACAGGGGGCUCAGAUCAUAGUAUUUCCAGAGGACGGUAUCCAUGGGUUCAACUUCAGUCGUCUGUCCAUCUCUGGUUACCUAGAGACCAUCCCUGACCCACUGACUGAGGACUGGAACCCCUGUACACAACCUGACAGACACAAUCAGACUGAGGUCCUCCAGAGUUUGAGCUGCAUGGCUCGACGCCACCAACUGUACCUGGUGGCAAACAUGCCUGACCUCCAGCCCUGCCCUCUGACCUCUCAACCCCACCUUGACCCCUCUCAAACUCCCUGCCCCCCUGAUGGGCGCUGGCAGUUCAACACUGAUGUAGUCUUCAGGUCUGAUGGUUCCCUGGCGGCUCGCUACCACAAACAAAACCUGUUCUUCGAGAAGGAAUUCGAUACCCCGCCCAGACUCGAGGUGGUGACCUUUGACACGCCGUUCGCCGGACGGUUUGGAGUGUUCACCUGCUUUGACAUCCUGUUUCACGACCCUACUGUCAGACUACUGGAGAAGGGUAUCAGACAGAUGAUCUUCCCCACAGCCUGGAUGAAUCUGCUUCCUCUACUAACAGCGGUUCAGAUCCAGAGAGCGGUCAGUCUGGGAGCUAACGUCACUCUUCUGGCGGCUAACCUCAGGCAUGACAGCAAGGCUAUGACGGGCAGUGGCAUCUUCACCCCUAGUACUUCCAUCUAUCACCACGCCUUCCACCACCCCGGGGAGCCAGAGGAGGGGAAGCUGCUGGUGUUGAGGAUACCUGUACUGGACAGUGACUGGCUGGCAACACAGAAGCAGGCAAAGAGGCAGGGAGAGACAGGAGGACAGGGUGAGGCAAAGAGGCAGAUAGGAGAAGAGGGCGAGGCAAAGGGGCAGGGGGAGAUAGGAGGAGAGGGUGAGGCAAAGGGGCAGAUAGGAGAAGAGGGUGAGGCAAAGGGGCAGGGAGAGACAGGAGGACAGGGUGAGGCAAAGGGGCAGAUAGGAGAAGAGGGUGAGGCAAAGGGGCAGAUAGGAGAAGAGGGUGAGGCAAAGGGGCAGGGAGAGACAGGAGGACAGGGUGAGGCAAAGGGGCAGAUAGGAGAAGAGGGUGAGGCAAAGGGGCAGGGGGAGACAGGAAGAGAGGGUGAGGCAAAGGGGCAGAUAGGAGAAGAGGGCGAGGCAAAGGGGCAGGGGGAGACAGGAGGAGAGGGUGAGGGUGAACCUCUCUCCGCUUCUCUUCCUAUCCUCUCUCCCAAUCCCUCCCCAUCCCCCUCUCACUUCAUCUCCUCUAUGAUGUGUGACCCAUUCUCCUUCGUCCUGCUGCAUGGUUCAGAGGGCCAGCUGACUGUGUGUGACGGUCCUCUCUGCUGCCACCUGCAGUACCGACGGUCCCCACAGGGUGGCAAUACGGAGCUCUAUGCUCUAGGGGCAUUCGCUGGCAAUCACACGGCUGACGGACACUUCGCCUUGCAGGUGUGUGCGUUGGUCCGGUGCUCGGGGUCAGAGGUCAGCUCCUGUGGAAAGGGAGUGGAGGAGGCAGAGUCUAGACUGGACUUCCGGUUGGAGGGGAAGUUUGGAACACGUUACGUUUACCCAUCGUUGCUAGGUAGUGGCAUGGUUGUAGAUGGACCCGACCGGAUCGAGAAGACCACAGAUGGUCGAGUGACUAUGGAACACUCAGGGAUGUCCGUCGGACUGGUGACCGCAUGUCUCUACGGCAGGGUGUACGACCAGGACUAGGGUGCGUGUGUGAGUGUGAAAGUGUGUGAGAGAGAGAGAGAGAGAAAAUAAAGUAAAUAAAUGUUCUCCAACCUC